AUGACGAAAACGACCGGCAAGGUGAAGUGGUUCAACACCCAGAAAGGGUUCGGGUUCAUCACCCCUGACGACGGCAGCGAGGAAAUAUUCGUGCAUCAGUCCGCGAUUCACGCGGAGGGUUUCCGCUCCCUGCGCGAGGAAGAGCCGGUCGAGUACACGGUCGAGAAGAGCGACGACGGCCGCGCGAAAGCCGUCGAGGUCACCGGCCCGGACGGCGCGCACGUUCAGGGCGCGCCGAGACGCGCGGCGCACGGCGGGCGCGGCGGUCGCGGCCGCGGACGCGGCGGCGGGCGCGGACGCGGCGGGAAGAAGGCGGCGGAAGGCGAAGAAGGCGGCGGCGACGCGCCCGCGGCGGAGGCGGAGUAG